AUGGACUCAGACUAUUACGUGAACGUCGAUGGCGUGCGGAUACCUAAGGUAUUUGGCGAGGAAAACUUUCGUUCGGCAGCCAAGUACAUCCCAAGAGAUGGAGGCCUGUUCGUCGUCAGCCAUCCGAAAUGCGGCACGUCGUGGGUACAGUACAUCGUCUGCAGCAUCCUAACUAGAGGAAAGCCACCUAAUAACGUUGAAGAUCUUAACGCGAUGGCUCCCUUUAUCGACGUCAGUGGCGCAGCUGCUGAAGAAAACCCCAAGAGGACCGGACCCAUUGUUACCCAUAUUCCACCACGUCUCCUUCCCCCAAAUGACAGGCUGGGUUACUGCAACUACUUCGACCAUUUGCUGCCGUGGUACGACGUCCGAGAAAAACACAACGUCCUGUUCAUCACCUACGAGCAGCUUAAAGCGGACACAAAAGGGCAGAUCCUCAGGAUUGCAGACUUCAUCGGGAGUGAUCAUGGAGCCAUCUUGCGAGAAGACACUGAUACACUUAAAGAAAAUUUGAGAGAAGUGGGCUUCAAGUUCCGAGAAGAGCAUGCCAUGCCACAAGUCACGAAGAAAGUGCGGUUGAAGGAAAGCAGCAAUCUUCACAACUUCGUCGCUCUUCUCAUCCAAACCUUUGACCCUGAAAGACAGCCCCACCAAGGAUACUGGCAUGUUAACUCUAUAAUGCAGCUUGACGUUCUCUCCGAUUCCUUCGACUUCGAACUGCGUCGUGAACCUAACAAGAAAUGCUUUGCUCUCAACUUCGUGUCGUGUGCCAUUUUGCGCGGUGAAUGA